AUGGCGGACGGAGGAGCAGCGAGUCAAGAUGAGAGUUCAGGACCAGAUGUUAAAGUGAAUAAUCAGUCAGAAACUACUACUAAAUGUGCAAUGGAAAGUGGUGACGGGAACACCGGAAUCCAAACCAAUGGAUUGGACUUUCAGAGGCAGAUGGUGCCAACCACAAGUGCAAUCACUAAUGCACAUGCACAAGCCCUCUUCCAACAGUUGACUCUGACCCCAGCACAGCAGCAGCUGUUGCUCCAGCAGGCCCAAGCUCAGCUCCUGGCUGCAGCCGUGCAGCACUCAGCCAGCCAGAACAGCACCACUGGGGCCAGCAUCUCAGCCUCCGCAGCCACGCCCAUCACCCAGCUACCCCUGUCUCAGCCCAUCCAGAUUGCCCCUCAGCUACAACAGCAGAAUCUCAGUCUGCCUCAGAUUCUUCUGGUUCAGCCUGGCCACCCAAUCGCCACACCACUGUCCGCUCAGUUCAUCAUCUCACAGACAACGCCGGCCCAACAGGGCAUAUUGCAAGCCCAGAGUCUCAAUCAACUACCUCAAAGCCAAGCUAACCUCCUGCCGACUCAACCAAGCAUCACCCUCGCAACCCAGCCUGCAACACCAACCCGCACAACAGCAACCACACCUAUUCAGUCCCUGCCCCACAGUCAGACACCACCCAAACGGCUGGAUACACCAACUCUGGAGGAGCCUAGUGAUCUUGAGGAGCUGGAGCAGUUUGCCAAGACCUUCAAACAGAGACGUAUCAAACUGGGCUUCACACAGGGGGAUGUUGGCCUGGCCAUGGGGAAGCUGUAUGGAAACGACUUCAGCCAAACUACCAUCUCUCGCUUUGAGGCCUUGAAUCUGAGCUUUAAGAACAUGUGCAAACUCAAGCCAUUGCUGGAGAAGUGGCUCAAUGAUGCAGUUUGUGCAGAGAACCUGACGUCUGACCAGGCCCUGUCCAGCCCCAGUGCCCUGGGCUCCCCAGGCAUGGGCAUGGAGGGGAUCAACCGCAGACGGAAGAAAAGGACCAGUAUCGAGACCAACAUUCGAGUGGCCUUAGAAAAGAGCUUUCUGGAGCAGAACCAAAAACCUACCUCUGAAGAGAUCACCAUGAUCGCUGACCAGCUCAACAUGGAGAAGGAGGUGAUUCGGGUCUGGUUCUGCAAUCGCCGACAGAAAGAGAAGAGGAUUAACCCCCCCAGCAGUGGCAGCAGCGGAGGAGGCAGCACCCCCAUCAAAACCAUCUUUACCCCCAGCAGCCCUUUGGUGGCCAGCACAGCAAGCCUUGUGAGCAGUCCAACUAUUAACACACCCACCACUCUGACUGUAAACCCAGUGAUGCCUCUCACCAGCACCAGCGUCUCCAGUUUGUCUUUCACAGGCACGACAGUUGGAGCCACAAACACUGCAUCAGUCAUCUCCACUGCACCUAUGGUUACCACAGCAACUAGCUCUCCAUCUUUAAGCCCAUCCCCGACAACUAUUCAGUCCACGACCACAGAGAACAGGCCUGGCACUCAGGCACAAACGAUCGUCACCCAGGCUCCAACAUCCAUAGCUACCACUUUAGGGACGGGUCAGGUGAUGGUGGCUUCUCCGGGGCUGUCUGCAGCGCUGCAGAAUGCCACCCAGUUACCCACCAGCGCCAGCUUUGCGGCUAUGGCUGCUGCUGCUGCAGGGCUCAACCCAGGACUGAUGGCGUCCUCCCAGUUUGCUCAGGGGGGUGCCCUCCUCAGUCUGACUCCUGGUGCCCUCAGCAGCGCGCUGAGUCCUGCUCUCAUGAGCAACAGUACCCUGAUUCAAGCACUGGCAUCGAGCGGCAGCAUCCCCAUCACUUCUCUGGACGGCGGCAACCUGCUGUUCGCCAACACCUCUGCCGGUAACACGCCCAACCUGGUGACCACGCCGCUCUUCCUGAACCCACAGAACCUGUCGCUGCUCACCAGCAACCCCGUGAGCCUGGUGUCGGCCGGGACGGGGGGGCUUCAGGUCACUGCUGAUGCUCAUCAUCAAGCCACCACGGCUGCUGUGCCUGUGCAAGCCUCGACCAUUACCACUGCCUCCAAGGCUCAGUGAAGCCAGUCAGGCUGCAUCCUGAAUUAACACCCUGUUUCUUACGUCGGGCACUACUCCUUAUCACACCAUGUAGGGAAUAGGGUGGUUGUUUGAUAAAGGCUCUGUGCUUCACUAACCACCCCACAUUCUUUCCAUUGUAUCUACCAUUAUUUAAUCCUUUUGCUGCCACCAAAAAACAAAACAACCUCAAAAAAAGGUUGGUCCUUUUCCUUUUUUUUUUUUUUUUUUUUUUUUUAUAGUUUAUUUUUUCCUGUCUUUUCCUUUAUGAUUCUUGGAUGUUUUUCCACAAACAGUUGCCAGAUGGACACUGUUGUUGGCCUGCCAGUCCUCAUGAACCUUGACAAGUGUCCAGGAAGAAAAUAUCCUCGGCACCAUCAAGCUGUUCACAUUUUGUACAUAUACCCUUCUAUUUCCAGGUCAGAAUUUUCUCUGAAACACUUCUAACCAAAAACAAGAACUUUCCUCUUUUAACAUUCAAACUUUACUGAUUUACUACUAAUUUCACAAUGUUCAUCAUCACUAAUGGGGGUUUGUGUGUCACCCUCUUUUUAAUUAUCUUUUGGGUUUAUAGGACAGGCCUUGACGUAAAUCAUAUCAAGAUAUUGUAGAGACGUUUUCUUCCUUUAUCUUUACUGUCUAUAUUUUUUUUUUUUACAUUUUCAGAACUUUUUAAGUCUAAUAUUAAGUUAAGAUUUAACUAUCACUUUUUAAUCGUGGUUAUAAGGCUUUAAAAACAAGUAAUAAGUGGCCGAUAUAAAGGUUAUCAUUGCUUUAAGGGUCAGAGAGACCAGGUGUGUCUCUCUGAGUCUCUCUUCUGGAAACACUGAGUUUUACAUUUCGCAUGCGGUGACGAAGUAGCCACCGAGCUUUUGUAAAAUGACAGUCUAGAUGUGGAUUAUAGACACUGACAGAAAAUGACUGAAAAUCUUACAUUGAGAGCUUUAAAGUGAGCUGCAGACAUGCAGUCCUGCGUCUGAUUAAAGGGUGAUUUGUUUUGGUUUGUGAUCCAUUGGAAAACUGUACAUUAUGUUUGGAUUCCGAGGUAGAAAGUAGAUGUCUGCAUGUGUUUUCAACAGCUCAGGCAGAUGCUGAAAGUUCAGCAACUGCAUGAUCCACAAGGCUCUGCGGUCUGUGUUUGGGGAGGACUAGUCACGGGACGUGGUCAUUGUACGAAAUGUACGGUGGCAUUGGCUAGAUGGGGUUAUUGUAUUGUGUUUUUUGUUUCUUUUUCUUUUUUAACAGUAGUACCGUCGUAUCUACUUGUGCACAGUAUCUGUACCAAAAAACUGGAUUGAUGAGCUGCAGUCUGCCUGUUUUGGGAGGAAUGAAAUUCUUUUGUCUGCAGUCAUUUGACUGGCUUACGUACUUUAAGAUAUACCAAAAAUAUUUGUUAAAAUAAUUGCUGUGUGUAGUCGGUGUAGCUUAGUCUAGUCAAUAUAUUUAUGAGUACAGAAUCUCUCUUCAUUGUCAACAGAAUAUAGAAAUGCAAUAUUUUGAAGAUCAUUUUCCAAAGAUUACAUUUUUUGUUAAUUUGACCAAGUGUCUCAUAGCUCAAUUUUUAAUUGGCAGCACAACUGACCAAAAAGGAGGGAUUGGUGGGUUGGAGCAUGAGAAAGUAGUUUAUUUUUUCUCUUAAAUUUUUUUUCUACCGCUGGGGCCUCGCCCUUAAUUCUUAAUCUGGUUUUCUGUGAGCCAUUUGAUGGCCUGUUUCCUUUCUAAUCUGUUUUGGUAGCAGUUUUGAACUUUUCUGAAGCAUUAUGGAAAGGGUCUGUUUUUUGUUUUUGUGCUAAUAUUCAGCCAUAAAACAACAGCUUGAACCAAAGUGGUUUUCCUCAGUAGUUGCUGUGCCUGUCUGAGCACACAAGUUGCCGUUCACACGAUCUCUACUUUCCUCAAAUUGUUUUUUAUCCUCUUCCACUUCGGUCAAUACCCGAUUAUUUUUGUUCCUGAUUUGGUGCUGCUGGAUAAGGAUCACAGAAACUUAGCUUUAACAACUUGCUGCUGAAGCUCCUGGUGGAGUUGAGCUGUCGAGAGGCCUGCAUGCUUUCUUAUAGCUUUAUGACUACAUCCUGUAAAAAAUCAGGCUUUUGUAGUCCCGACCCUCCCGGCUGGAGGGCUCACCUAUGUAAAUGCAUAGAUCUGAUCGUCACACUUCACCUCCUCUCAGCGCCGCCAUUUUGAACCAGCAUGUUGGGGAAACAAUAUGCUGCUCCCAAAAAGAAUCUGUCUGUGGACUAGUUUAAAACCUGCCAAAACGAUCUUACGCAACACAGCGGUGGGAUAAGUACUGUUAUGUGCUACACAUUCAGCUAAACCCCACACAAAAGUAGCAUUGUUCUGCUUCAAAACGACAAAACGAAUUAACCCAGUGAUUAUUAAAUCAUUGAGACUGUAAGCAGUGAAAUUUGUCCAUGUUAUCCUCUUGUGUACUUCUUUUCUGUUGAAUUAUUUUUGACUGAAUAUACCUCAGCAGCAACACAACAUAAGGUUCACCUUUAGACAUUUCUGUGUAUAGAGCAUUGUAGAAUGUAUAAGUACUGUCUGGCUUGCCAUUCAAAGUUUAUACUGAUGAACCAUACAUAGGAACCAUACAUAAAAGGACAACCUACUACUGCUAUUUUCUAGUACUACUAUUUAUGGGGUAUUUCCAGGUUUGAAUAUUAUUUUGAGAUCCUUCUUGCCAAAGUAAAAGCCUUUCUCUUUGCAGCUUGGUGGGUGUCUGGCUGCUCAUGUUGCUGGUUUUGCCCUGUCCUCGAGGCCCGCGAGGGGCCCGACGACCUCAGUCCUGUUUCCAGUGCUGUUCGUAGUUACUUAAGAGUUGAACGUUCGCUAGCAAGAUGAACCAGUUGCCGUCGGCACCAUAGGAUGUUACUGAAAUAUUUAUCUGAGGAAAGACUUAAGAAUUAGAGAAACGAUCUUUUCUUAAUUCUAUACAUAUAAAUAUAUAUAUAAACACUUGUAAGAUAUUCAUAUUUUAUAUUUGAACCAGUAUGUUAUCAAGACUGAAUGUAGUGAUUAUCAUCCUUACUCGAAAAGAAAUUCUCCCCUAAAUCUUUCUUCUUAUAUUUUUAUUUUUAACUUUCAAGACCAAAAAAAAAAAAAGCAAAAGAAAAUACGAGAUGAAACCCGAGACCGCGCCUCGGUGUGGACUCGCCGACUCCCGCGUCCUGUCGCUCAUCGGCGAGGUCUUUUCAACAGGAGGGAGCUCGUUCAGGCGCUCCUGGCAGACAGGUCCUGUGGUUGGCAGGAGACUCUGAAGCAUUCGAUCUUAAUCUUUUCAUAGAUAUUUUUAUUUUGUGGUUUUCGGUUGAGUCGUUGUGGACUUGAUUUGCUGUGCUGUCUUUAACAAUCAUUAGUUGUUUUGUUUUAAAUAUUACUUUAUGCCUUUAAUUGUUUUGUAUAGUGUGAGAGGGCAAGAUCACUGGCUUUCUUAGUUUGAUAAAGAAGAUUAACAUUAUCAUUUAUGCCUUAUUGUUACGUAGAAGACAUGAGCAUUGUAGCAUUGUUGUUCUUGUGUGCGUCUGCGAGUGAGAGCUUGAGCGUCGAGCUCACCUGGUGCAUUGUUGUCACUGAAACAUUACAGUGUACUUUGGGCAUUUUGGAGCGUGGGAUGAUUACGUUGCUACCUAUGUGUUUUAGGUGUGGCUCGGACAGGUUGGGGGAUACCUGUGAGAAAAGCUUUACUAAUAAUUCCAGCAGGUGGAUGGAUGUGUGUGCGUGAGUGUGUGUGUCUUAUAAAGAGAGAAUAGGGAGGGCAGUCUGCAAACCAUUAUGGUGCAUUUUUCCCAUCUUCCAGCGGGUGUUUAGAGUGAUUUUUUUUUUUUUUUUCAAAGGGUGAGACAAGAGUGCUUAUUUUUGUUGUUGCCUGGAGGGAGGUUCUCUACUGAUUUAACUACAGGCUUUAAGCGAGCCGUUGCCAAGCCAGCUUUUGGUUUGUUUUGGUAAAACUCCAGUUUGUGGUCAACUUCUGCUCUUGUGAACCGUCUACUUGGCACUGACUUUAGCUUUUAACGCUACAGUUUCAGUAGGUGAUCCGAAUAUUUCAAGACGCUCCUGCGGAUCAACCGUGCGCCAAGUCGUAGUUUUGUUGACCCACCACACUGGUUUGCUGGAUUUUAAUGUCGACAAAGGACGCGUGGAGCACCAUUAAAGCAAAAGGAGCUGUUGUAUACCUCAUUUCUAACUCAAGACUGAGUGAAACCUGCUUUAAUCUACUUAAGAAAUAAGGAAAAUGUUAAAAAAAAAACUAAAAAAACCAAAAAAAAACCUCAUAAAAAAAAAAAAAACACGAAAAUAGACAAACUUGUGUCAGUGGAGAAGCCUGCUCAUACCUGUACUUAGAGAAGGGUUGUGGAAAAAGCUGCCACAAGAGGGAGACAGAAUACAUACCAGUACUCUUUGAAUGUCUGCUGUUUUUCUUUUCACACUUUUGAUGAUGUAUUUUAGGAGUGAAUAGAAGUUAUUUGUUGUGACUUAAGAUGAACUUUUCGUGAAUUGUAUUCCUUUAAAAUUUAUUUUCUGUUGUGUUGACAGAAUCCCCUUCACGUUUGAACACUUGUUUAAGUUUGACAAUCCUCUUUUUUUAUUUAAAGUUUUUUUUUUUAUUUUAUUAUUUUCUUUAAGUGUUACCCUGACCAGGUACAGGUAUGUGCGCGUCUUCCCACAUGACGGUGCGCUGUCGCGGCCCGCUCUCGUUUUCCUGCGGUAACAACAUUAACCAAAGACUUCUAACUUGAUUGUAUACGAACGACACGCACCUCUCGCCCAUCCCCGCCUCACUGCUCAGCAUCAAAUCGCGGCUGCACGCUCUCACCCGGUCCCGUCUGUAAAGAGUUUUGCUUUUUAUUGCAUGCGAAUGUGCGUCCGCCCGGAAACACUCGGGCGUCCUGUCGGUGCAGCGGUUUCAGUGCCUGUGGGCGGGGAUCGGAGGGAGCUGAGCGGGAGCUUGAGCGGGCUUCUCCGACAGACACGAACCAAUGUGGUGGUAGCUGGGUGAUGUUUGUUAAUACACACUGAGGGUUAAUCCUGUGCACACUGUACCUGCUCAGGACUCUGUAUGUUUGUCUGUCUUGAGCGCUGUUGCUAGGAUGUCCUCCUCCUCCUCUCCCCCUUCCCCUCACCCUGGUCCCUCUCCUCCACUGUUUCUCUCUCAAGGACUGUGGUGAAAAUGCUGUUCCUGCCUCUCACAGUGCGUCUGUCUCUUCCUCAUCAUCUGUACACUGUAGUCCCAGGACAUAAAACCCUGUUGUCUCCAGGAAUACACAUCCUGCGGUUGUUAAAACUCACUGCUGUGCCCCCCACUCCCCAUUUCCUCCUCCUCCUCCUUUCCUCUCCUCCCUCCUUUGACAUCGUCUCUUCACUACAGACUCUGAUCAGCUGUGACACUAUGCAUCAUGGUCCUUCACUCUGCAUGGACUGUGUCCCUCCGGCUCAGACUUCUGGCCGACGGGCUUCAGUGACACUUUGUUUAAUGCUUUACUCCAAGUGAGGCUGUAGGACCUCACAAGCGCUAUCCCAAAGCAAAAAUCCAAAUAUUUAACUUUUGACAAAUGCAGAUACCAAAGAUAUCUCUCUGUCCUGUGUGUCUCUGUCUGUUUUUUCUCUCCCUCCCACCCUGCAGCAUGUGUAUUAAGAGACAAACCCAGCACUGGCUUUAGUCCUAGCCUCAGUAAUUCCAAAGCUUAGAUGUAUAUUUUGGUAUAUUUCUGAGAAAAACUUACGUGAAAAAGCGUCUGUUUCUCGUUUGUUUGUUGUAAUCUCUUUUUCCUGUCACAGCAUGGAACUAAUUGCAGAACUGUCUUACUCUUGGUAGGUUAAAGAUAUAGUAUUUUUGUAUGUUUUUGGGUGUGUUAUGUGUGUGGUUUAUCAGUUCACAGCCCAAGUGACUAUUGCUAUCAACAGAGAGAGAAAAACGAGAAAAAAAACAAAACAAAACAGAAAACGCCAACCAUGUACAUAUUACGUCUGUGUAUCUCAAGAAAUGCAUUCUGUAAAACAUUUCACGUUGGAAGCUUGGGCUCAUCUAAAGGAAUGUGUUCCCGUUUUAUUUCCCCUUUUUCUUAUUCUGCAGUCUGAUACGAAUUGACUUUCCAGGACUCGAAUGUAAAGAGUUUUGGUUUCCAUCGUGGAAUACAACACUGAGGGACACUGCUCCGAUCUGACUACAAAAAAAUGAAAAAGAAAAAAAAAAAAAAAAGGCUUCCAGUCAUGGCGGCAUAGAACUGAAAGAUUGUGUAGGAGUUUUAAGUAUGUGAAUCAGGAUACAUAGUAGAUUUUGAUGCAUUUGUCUGCUGUAUUUUUGUUUGUUUUGUUUUUAUACACAUAUAAAGAUAAUCUUUUACUGUAAAUGUACAGUUCUUUUGUUGUAAACAUCAUUAAACCAUUUUCCAAGUGUU